UCCAGAGCUGGAAGUCUGGCUGCCACGGUUCCUAUUACAGAGGGAUGGCUUCUGAGCAACUGGGGAACGCGAGGCAGAGAGGAAAACGAGGGUCGGGGCUACCGGGCGCAGCUGGUGAGGGCAGAUGGUGGGGCAUAAGGGCAGAGAGCUGAGAAGCACACAUGCCAACAGAUGCAGUCUCCUGCAGGCUGCCUUUCUGUGGCUGGCCUGGUACCUACCCAGUCUCAGAUAUGCACUCUGCAGGACACCCACUGGCCCCGCUGUCAGCAGAGGCUGAGAGGUGCAUGACCCCACACGGACGGACGCUGGACACUUACCGAAGGCUUGCUGUGUGCCAAGCCCUAGGCCCAGCCCUGGACUCUGAAGGGAACACGGAACUAGAAACACCUCUAGGAAAAACUGCACCUGCCGCAUCCAGACUUGCAGUGCCACCGUGGCCAGACCAGGGCUGCCCUGCACACUGGCCGGCAGGGCUGGCUUUGCGCCACAGCCCCGUUCUCCGGCCCUCCAGCCCUCUGCUCCAGCAGCACAGGGCAGGUGUCUGGAAAGCCAGACCUGAUGACAGGCACCCCAGGUGGCGGGAGGUGCUGGGGCCCUGGCACGGACGUCAGAUCCGGAGCUGGAGGCGGCCAUGGGGUCAGGAGGGGAGGGGUACGGUCUUGGCUCGGCAGAGGCAUCCUGGGUUUCCUGGCCACUGUCAAGGGGCGGCAGACAAUCGCACAUUGUCCGCAAGGCUGCAGCAUGGAGCGAGGGGGCUGCCUCACCACCAGCACUGAGGGCCCAGGCCUGGGGCCUGCCAGGGUGAAGACCAAGCCCUGCUGUGGGGGUGGGAGAGCAGCUUGCCUGCUACUGCUGCUGGCCUUAGCCACCGCAGGGAUGGUGGCCGGGGCACUGCUUGGCUUGGCUCACGGUCCCUCCAAGCCGUUGCUGCAGAUGCUCCAGCUGGCCCUCCUGAGCCCCCGGGGGCCCUGGUCCAACCAGACCACCCUGGUGGACGUGGCCCAGAACACGGCGACCAUCACAGGGACUCCGCCCCAGAGCAGCAGCAGCUGGGCAGUGCUGUUGGACGGGCAGAGCGGCUGCAUCUGCUACCGGCCUGCAGAGCACCCGGCCUGCUUCCUCCGUCUGAUGGAGGCCCAAGAUUGGGAGACCCUGCAGCUGCUGGUGAACACCUCAGGGGCCCCAGGGUCUGGUAGCCCCAACCCCGGCCCCAGCGCCGACCAGGACGCCCACUAUGCCCAGGAGCUGCUGGCUGUGCAGGUGGGCCACACAGUGGAGCCCGCACAGGUGGGGGCUUCAGUGCAGCGCCUUUGUGCCAAGAUCCCCAUCUACUGGGCCCACCGGGCAGAAGGGCCCCAGAAGCAGCGGCUGAUCUACCUCUGCAUCGACGUCUGUUUCCCCAGCAGCAUCUGCGUGUCCAUCUGCUUUUAUUACCUCCCAGACUGAGCACCCAGCUGGCCUGGCCUGCCUACAGGCCAGCCCUGCCC